CGUUGGAUAGCGGUCUUUCCCGAUUGUCAAGGAAGGGAAGUAACUCUAAACUUUGUUGUUGUUUGCAACGGAAGUUAGAAGAGAGAGACUUGUUGAAAAUGUUUCAUUUUAUUGUUUCAACCCAGUGCAGGGACUUGUCAUACUGACAAACACUAGAUGUCAUCUUCCAAUAUGGUGUACAAGCAACACUGACACAGGCUGUGAGAAGUUUUGUCAGUGACGAGGAUGAGUCGUGCUUCGUCCAUCCUGCAGCGGGUCAACUCUCAGCUGAGAGGGGAGAGAGUACCGCUAAAGUCUAAGGAGGAGGAUGAGCUCUCGAACUACCUGAGCAACUUGGCACAGAAAACAGGCCAGGCCAGAAAGUCAGUGAAUUUUGAGGACAUGGGGGAAAAUAUUUCAAUUUCCAGUGAAAGUAACUUACAAAAGACGCCUAGAGCUCGUAUUGAAACCCCGCCACUCAGAGGAGCUGCCAGUCGAUUCCUGAAGAAGAAGAAACCAGAUCCAGAGGAAAUUGACCAUUCAAAUGUCACGACACCUAACAUGUCCCCUCGGGGUCCAAGACGUUCAUAUCGCCCAGCGACGUCAGUUCCAAAUGUAUCACCUCAGAAAUCUACUCCCACUAAGAAGAAAUCUACGCCCCUUGACAAGGCUAAGGCACUGACUAGCAAGAUCAACGACAGGGCUGUUGAUGGCAAUAAACGAGGAACCUAUUUUGAAACUGACACUGAUGACAGUGUGAGUCUUGCUAACUACAUGCAAUAUGCGUCAGCUGAUCAGCUGAAAUCGGCGUCAGAAAAGAGCAUCGGGAGAGAUGGAAAUCGAUUUUGGAAGAAAACGAAAGCAGAGAAGCCUCUUGAAGAAGGUGAAAAUGCAUACAUGGGAAAAAUUGAAGCACCUAGGCCAUCGUCCCCAGCUAAGGGACAACGCCGACCGUAUGCAGAUAGAGAUACCUCCAAACCUCCAAAUGCAGCAGCUGUUCCGGAGUAUGCCAACAAGGGGCAGGUAAAGUACAUGGGCAACAUCCACCUCACCUCCGAGGAGGAGAGCAUGGCAGACUUCAUCAACCGGCUGUCCUCCGCUGACGACGCCAAGAAGAAGAAAACAAAGAAACGACAGAAGUCCAGAGGUCGUGACCUCCCAUCCCCCGACCUCUCCCUCAUGAGAACGCCGUCCCCUCCAACACAGACUCCACGCCGGGGUCCGUCUCCGAUCUACGGGCGCCGGCUGUCCAGGUCACCCUCCCAGGACUCAGACAACGUGGACUCCAUCCUCAGUGAAGUGGCCGACACCCAGGAGACGGAGAGCUCUGGCAACAUAUUCAACACUGUCAAUUUGAUGGAUUUGGACUCUUUAGAGCCUCUUGCCCUGUCUCCUGAACCUUCAGAAAAGAAGAAGAAGAAGAAAUCCUUGAAAAAAAAAUCGGAACAAAAAGAAUCCAAAUCCAAACCAAAACAAAAAUCCAAAGAGUCUUUAAGUGUUUUCAAAGCAUCAGGGAAAGAAGACAUAUUCAAGGCAAAAAGUUCUUCAAAAAAAGCAAGAGAGCCCCAUAAAACUGACUCUGUGUUUAACAAUCUAGGACUUCAUACAGUUGAUGAACUGUUAGGUGUGUCUGAAGCUAAGGAUGAGAGUAUAGUGUCUGAAGCUUCAGAAAUAGUAACAGAAAAGUCAGAUAUUUUUGCUGCACAGAAGAGAAAAGAUUCUGUGUCUUCAAUUGCAACAGAGAUCGGUGUGGACACUCCCCAGCAUCAGGUGUAUUCUGAGGACUUUGACGAGGACAGUAUUUCCGAGAGAAUUGGACAGGGGAGUCUCCAGGGUGGGAAGCAGGUCCGAUGGUCCACAGCGUCUGAGGUGAAGACAGAGUACAGUGAUGAGAAUACCCAGGCAGACUACGACGAUGACUUUGAGACUGACUCCAGAGCGAGGAGCUACUCUGACCGAACAUAUCAGAGUGACAGUGAGGGCUACACGUCGGACACAGAGACAUACACACAGAGCUACACAAAAUCUAGACAAGACCAGCCUCUCCGAGAAUCCAGGAAGGAGACAAAGAAUGUGGAGAUUCAAACCCCGAGUGAUCCUGGUCUGAAUUAUCGCUGGAACCUGAUGUCAAGUGGCCUGGCUAUAUCAGGCCCCAGCCUGGGACUUGGCUUCGUGGACCCCACACCUAUAGCCUCCCAUGUUGUCAGUGCAGACUCUCUAGAAGCCAUGACAUCCUACAGCCCCUGUAUGCUGGCGCUGCAUGACCUGAUGAAGCAGCAGCUUGCCCUGACACAGAACUUCCUGGAGACCCAGAGACGCAUGUACGAGUCCUCCACCUCCAUGCUGGAGGACAGCUAUAAGUACACCACGCUAGAGGACACCCAGGAGUAUAUUCGGAAACACCGCAAACCUAGGCUUACCUUCAAGAAAGCGCUGAAAAUGGUAUCAAGAGAAAUGAACAUGUGACAGGCCCAGCGACUGUAGAUGGAUACUUGCCUUCCUAGCAACAGGAGACCCACAGUAGAGCAUCUGGAUCAGUAGAGAAACCAGUUCAGAUGUAGACCUGUACAUACAAGCAUUACAUUCGUGGGACAGCUAAAUGAUAAGCUAGUCCUGUCAGAGUUGUCUCCCAUUGUAUGCUUAAACAUGCAGAGAAACACAGACCCAUAGCUGAGGGACAUUAAGAUCUUCGGGAUGUAGCAUUCGAGUUGCCUGGAGCAUGGCCAUGACUCAGGUUAGAAGCUGAAUCAGCUGUACGUCCAUCCCAAGGGGAUCCUGCUGACAGAGGCUACAUCUUGGCAUGUGGAGAGCUGCACGAUGGAGGAAGAGUCAUCACACAAACUCAGCAGUUUGUUUACAAACCAUCUAGACAUUCUUUAUGCAGAAGUACACACAAAGCAUAAGUAGGACAUUAGUUAAACUGGACAAUGCCCCUUUGAACGAUGUCCUGAUUAAUGAGGUUUAACUAUUCAAUCUGGUUCAGCUUGCAUCAAUUGGAGACUGCAUCAACUCACUGUGACAGAUGCCAUGUCGCUCAAUCCACGAUAUGUAGGUGUUUAUUUUUGUAUAUUUUAUCACAUUCACUUGCAUACAGUCCACGGAGUGAUGAGUCCGUCCAUUGACUAUAUUUUACUAUCUUAUUUAUUGUACAGAUAUAAUGUUAAAAUAAUCCAUAUCUGACUCAGUACUGCCUAUAAUAAACAAAUAAUAACUACUGAAA